AUGAGAGGUACUGACAUUGGUUUCAGUUCGCAAGCUCGAUGGUCAGCCAAUGGCAGCAUUGUUGCUGGUGGUCACGGUCAAGGUGGAGAGUUAAGUCAACUCUCGAAGCCAUGGGGGUUGUAUGUGGAUGAUGAUCUAACUGUCUAUGUUGCUGACUACUCCAAUCAUCGUAUUAUGGCAUGGUCAGCGGGGGCCACUUCUGGUCAAGUGUUAGCCGGUGGUAAGGGACAAGGAAACAGAUUGGAUCAGUUAGAUUACCCAACCGAUAUAAUCGUUGAUCGAUCGACUGAUAGUCUUAUCAUCUGUGAUCGCGGUAAUAGACGUGUGAUUCGCUGGCCUCGUCGCGAUGGCACUCAAGGACAAAUUCUCCAGUCCAGCAUCGCCUGUUGGGGUUUAACGAUGGACCAUCGUGGAUUUCUCUAUGUCACGGACACUGGAAAUCAGAAAGUCCGACGUUCUAAAGUGGGUGAUUCCCAAGGAACGGUAGUAGCUGGCGGAAAUGGCCAAGGAGAUCGUGUUGACCAACUAAAGUUUCCCACAUACGUUUUCGUCGAUCGAGAUCAUUCUGUUUAUGUGGCGGACAACGAGAAUCAUCGUGUAAUGAAAUGGGUGGAAGGUGCUCAACAAGGUCAAGUAGUGGCUGGUGGCAAUGGUCAAGGUGAUAGUCUGAAACAACUGCACUAUCCAAAAGGGGUGGUGACCGAUGGCAUGGGCACUGUCUAUGUGGCGGAUGAGGGAAACCAUCGAGUCAUACGUUGGCUUAGAGGGGCAUCUGAGGGCAGUGUGGUUGUCGCUCGUGGAAAGUUGAUUGGCCCCACCGGCUUGUCAUUCGAUCGUCAAGAACGGCUCUAUGUCGUCGAGAAUAACGAUAACCAUCGUGUACAACGAUUUGAAGUUCUAUCCCCAUGA